AUGCAAAAGUUAAAUGAAUUUCAAGAAUACCAUUUACCUGAACAAUUUGAAGAAGAUUAAGUGAGAAGUAGAUUUCUAAUGCCAUCAUUUUUACCUUAUAGUUUAUCAAAGCAAGAUGUUAAACUUGAGGAGAGAUCUAUGGUUUAGAUUGAUUCUUAGGCUUCAUUAAAAGAUGAAGCUUUCGGAUUAUAGAACAUUAAAGGUCAUGUUAAGAACACUUAUAUCAAAAAGAUACAUUCUCUACUAAGUGUCGAAGGUGAAAACGAAAAAAUCGUAAAAAAAGUAUAAAAGGAGCCAAGUUCGUCCAGUAAAUAGCUAGAGAAUGAAGAUCAAAAGAUGAUAAGAAAUAGGGAAAGUGCAAGAAAUUCAAGAUAACGAAAAAAGUUAUAUAUAAACCUUUUAGAAAAGAAGGUUGAAGACUUAAAUUAAGCAAUCGAACAAUUAAGAAAAUCAACAGAAUCAACUUUUUCGAGUAUUCACUCUGUCUUAGAACAAAAUUCAAGUAUAUACGAUAUGGUUGUUGAAUAAACUUAAUUGUUUGAGUAGCUCAAGAUUAAGGAAUAAGAAUUUAAUGAAUUGUAAUAAUUACUUACAGAAUCAUAUAAGUUUAAGUUCAAUGCCACAGGUACUAAAAGAAAGUAAUAUUUACGAUAUUGUUUCUAAAAUAUUGCUAGACUUCUUUUAGAUGGAAAUUAUGGCACUUUAUUAUUUGGACAAAGUUACUUUUCAAAAACAUGUAAAGUUUAAUAACUAAUUUUAGAUACCAUGCAUGAUGAAGAAGAAUUAACUGAUUAUAUGAAAAAUCUUAGAGAUUCUACAGGAAUUUGUGAUGAUAAAGUGUUUUUAAAUUUAUAUGCUAUUGUAAGAAGAGUCAUUGAUCAUAAAAAAAAUUUCUCUUUGUAUUUAUAUUUUCUAUUAUCUUAGUCUCAUUAAAUAAAUUAAACUAAAACAAAAAGAACUGAGAAUUUGUUAAUAAUAAAUAGAUGAUUAAAUUGAUGAUAUCUAAUUGAAUGGGAUUUAAUUCGCUAAUCUUAUUCAUUAAGUAAAUAAAGAUCAAUAAAAUUAAACUCAAGUUACUCAACCGAUAGAAAUACCCCCUUAAAAAUAGAUGCUUUUAAAAAUGGUACCAAAAUACCCCUUUGAACUUAUGAAUAAUCCAUUUUUACUUCCAAAUAGUCUAAUGAUUGAUCCCCUAUAAAUUGAUCUUAUUACAAAGAAUUUAAGAUAAUCUUGA